AUGGCAGCAGCAGCACCUCGACCUGCCACAGCACCCACCCCUUCCAUCGACUGGUCAAAGCUGGGCUUUGGCGAUAGACCCGUCCACGGCCAAGUCGUCGUCACGCACAAGGAUGGCAAGUGGGGCGAGCCGGAAUGGUCCACUUCGCCAUACCUUCACAUCCACAGCGCAUCCGCAGCGCUCAAUUAUGGCCAGCAGUGUUUCGAGGGCAUCAAGGCGUUUCGCACCAAGAGCGGCAGCGUGCACAUCUUUAGACCUCAUGCGAAUGCGCACCGCAUCAACUUGAGCGCUCAGACCGCCAGCAUGCCCACUAUUCCCUUGCCCUUGUUUCUGGACGCAUUGCGCAAGGCGGUGGCGGGAAAUUUGGAUUACGUGCCGCCCUACGGUCCGUGAGUGGAAGAGUGGGGUGGAUGUGGGCGUCGAGUCAACAGGCCUGACUUGUCGUCGUCGUCGUCGUCGCUGCUAGCAACGCAUCUGGAGGCGCCCUGUACAUUCGACCUCUGUUGCUCGCAACUGGGCCCAGCCUCAUCCUCGAUCCCCCCAAAGAGUUUACAUUCGUUGUUUGGGUCACUCCCGUUGGCAGCUUGUGAGUUGGCGCUGCGCUGCGCUGUGUUGCGUUGCAGUACUCACGUCGCGCUUGACUUCGCGCCUGACGUUGCGUGCCAUGUCCGUCACAAGGUACGGCACGGGAGGCAAUCUGCCAGCGAUAGACGCAUUUGUCUUGGAUACAUUUGACAGAUCGGCUCCCAUGGGAACGGGUCACACCAAGCUCGGAGGUAAGUUGCCGUAAGCUGCUUGUCGAGUAAAGCGAUUGUUGCCAUGGCUGAGCGGAUCAUCCACCAACACUCCCGCUGACACCGUCCGCCUCGCUUCGCCCGCCUCGCCCAGGCAACUACGCACCCGUCUUUGGCCCUACUGCUGCUGCCAAGAAGCGAGGCUUUCCAAUCACGCUCCACUUGGAUUCGGCAGAGCACACGUACAUCGACGAGUUUAGCACCUCGAACGCGAUCGGCAUCUCGACCUCCACUGGCGCCACUCGCUUGAUUGUUCCGGAGUCGCCAAGCAUCUUGAGAUCCGUCACAAAGCUGUCUGUCGUCGACAUCGCGAGCAAGCACCUAGGAUGGGCUGUAGAGCGGCGACCUGUGAAAUUCUCGGAACUCGCAGAGGGCAGCUUUGCGGAGUUCUUCGCUGCUGGGACCGCUGCUGGCGUCACACCCGUACGCAGCGUCUCGUACAAUACCAAGAAACCGGUACGCAAGGAGCUUGCGCAAGGCGAGGCGGCCGAUGCUGCGGAGCAAGCUUUGCCGAUCUGGGAAGAAGCACCGGGUAACGAGAUCAAGAAGAUUGAGCUUGGAGAUGGACAGACUGCCGGUCCCCUCAGCAGGCAAAUGUGGGUUGAGUGUGAGUAGCGUGGUGGCGCGUGUGCGCAUUCUCGCGGCGUGUGCGCGCAUUCCCGCGCCGUGUAUUCUCGCAACUCAAAAAUCUCUCUCAUUUCUGCAGUGACAUCCUUCCAAUGCGGCGACCGAGAGGACAUCUUUGGGUGGCUCUGGCCGAAAGAAGGAAUCGUGGCCGAAGACGCCAUCACGGCAAAAUGA